AUGUCUUUCGAUCUCAAAGGCCUUGUCCCCGCCCCUGUCACCCCCUUCACCAAAGAUGGCAAGGUUGACUUCGAGGCUAUUCAACGCCUAGGUUCUUGGCUUGGAAGCAUCGAUGGCAUCAAGGGUCUUGUCGUCCUCGGACAUGCCGGAGAAGGAACCUUCCUUACCCAGCAAGAGCAGGUCGACACCAUCAAGGCCUUUGUCAAGUCUGUUGACAACAAGAUCCCCAUCAUUGCUGGUAUCACCGGCGAGGGUACAGAAGUCGCUGCCCUUGAGGCUGUGCGCGCCAAGGAGGCUGGUGCUCAGGCUGGUCUUCUCUACCCAUCUCACGGCUGGCUCCGAUUCGGCUACCAGCCUGGCGCUCCUCAGGACCGCUACAAGGUCGUCUACGAGGUCUCCAAGCUUCCUCUGAUCCUUUUCCAAUACCCCGACAACACUAAGGCUACCUACAACCUCCAGACUCUUCUUGACAUUGCUGCUCAGCCCGGUGUUAUUGCCAUGAAGAACGGUGUGCGCAACAUGCGACGCUGGGACACUGAAAUCCCUGUCUUCCGACGCGAACACCCCAAUGUUCCCGUUCUUACUUGCCACGACGAGUACCUUCUCCACACUGCUUUCGACGUUGACGGCAUGCUUGUCGGAUACGGUGGUAUCGCACCUGAGCCUCUUCUCGAGUUGAUCAAGGCUGGAAAGGCUAAGGACUACGCCAAGGCUCGUGAGAUCCACGACCAGCUUCUGCCUGUCACAAAGGCUGUCUACCACCGUGGCUCUCACAUGGAGGGCACUGUUGCUCUCAAGCACGCUCUGGUUGCCCGAGGCAUCUUGGACCACGCUACAGUCCGAUCACCCCUGCUACCUCUCCCUGAGGGUGCUGAGGGAGAGAUUCACUCUGCCAUCUCCAUGGCAUCUCUGAAGAAGGUCGCAUAA